AUGUGGGCCUCCGGGCCCGGGCCAUCCGAUGGUCUCCUACACCAAGGCCAAGUGGACAAUCGGAGAGAGAUGUGGCCGUCGCUGCUGUACCCGCCGCGGGCGUCGGCCACCGUGACGGCGAUGUCGGUGGUGUCGUUCGCGUCACUGGCGUCCGUGGGCCUCUCCGAGCUCCGCGGCCAGCACAUGACCUACUCCAAGUUCUGGCCCGUCAUGUCUGGACAGCAGCAAAAGAAGGGAGGCACCGGUGGCGCGCAGCUGUCGGACCAUGACGGGAUGCUGGUGGCCUGCGCUGCCGCGGCGUCCUUCGUCGUGCCGGGUGCCGUGGAAGGGCUGCGCGCGGAGCUCCUCGUCGCCGCGCUAGCCGUCCACUUCCUCAAGCGUGUCCUCAAGGUACUCUUCAUCCACGGGUACAGUAGAAACAUGCUACUCAACACGGCGCUCACCAUCUCCUCCAGCUACCUGCUCAGCGCCAUCACCAUGAUCUACGCGCGACACCUCGCCGUCGAACUCCCUGACCAUACAACGGACCUCCUCUACCCAGGCGUCCUCCUCUUGGCCGUUGGCAUCGCCGGCAACUUCUACCACCACUAUCUCAUCUUGCAACUUAGGAAGGGAGGUGACAACGAUACAGGGUACAAGAUCCCCAAAGGCGGGCUCUUCGAGUUCAUCACCUGCCCGCACUACCUCUUCGAGAUCACCGGAUUCUUCGGGUUCGCGAUGAUCUCGCAAACGGUUUAUGCGCUCGCAAUGGCCUCUGGCAUGGCAGGCUACCUCAUCGGAAGCUUCGCCACCCAAAGAUGGUAAGAAUCCAAGUUCGAGGAGUUCCCGGCUAGCAUUAAGGCUCUGGUGCCCUAUAUCUUGUAG